AAAACAUUAGCGCUUGGCAAUCGGCUUUUGAAUUACUUUCGGUGAUGGCAAUACUGAGCAAUUGCGGUCUGCUUUAUUUACAGCCAAACGUGAAGGGCUUUUUCUCAAAACUAUUUCCCCAAAUGCCAGAUAUAACCUUUAUACUUUUUGAACACUUGCUUUUGGGCUUGAAAUUUGUUAUACACAAAGUGAUACACGAACGACCACGUUGGGUGCGUAUAGCUUUGCUAAAGGCAGACUACGAAUCGGACCAGGCUUACAAAAAACUGAAAAAAUUUAAGGCAUUUAAUAAAAUGGACUAGGUAAAAUGAACAGGAAAUGAAGGAAAUCCCUUAGCAAAACCAAAUUACUGUAAACGAUAGCUUUUUAGUUUAUGUUAAUUUGUUGCUAAUGUAGCUAUUGUUGCUGUUUCCAAAUUGCUGUGCUCUGGCAAAUUACGGCCUUGACUAUAGUUUUUCGGCACAAUAAUAGCAGCACAGCAAUAACAUGAAUGUUUAUUCUGGUGAUUUUUUAUUUAAAUAAUUUAGUUUACUCAUUUACUUUAUAUGUAUUUAU